ACGAAGUCAAUGUCAAGUGAAGAAAAUGAAGCGAAGAAAUUUGCUUACAGACAAAACAAGCAGGGCGAAACCAGUGAAUCAGCAAAUUUAUACAUAUGGUUUAAAUCUCAACUGCUGUUAAAGUUGCUUGAUCGCAAUAUUAACUUUAUUAAAGAAAAUAAAUGGAUGGUGAUUGGAAAGCUUAUUCCAUUAAGGAAGAGCCAGCAGCUGAAAUGCAGGGUGACAUGGAUUUUGGUGAUUUUUCCUCUUCCAAUGGCACAGAAAUAACUGAUGAUGAACUUGUGUCUCUCACAGUUCGGGAUCUCAAUCGUCUUUUGAAGACGUCGGGUUUAAGCCGGUCAGAAAUACAACGCAUGAAACAAAGGAGAAGAACAUUGAAAAACCGUGGAUAUGCUGCAAGCUGUAGAAACAAAAGACUGGAACAAAAAGAUGAAUUGCAAGUAGAACGAUCCUCCAUUUUAGGUGACAUUAAUAGCCUUAAGGAAGAAAAUAGAAUGAUAGAAAAUCAAAUUGAGGAAUUUAAAAAUCGAUAUGAGAAUUUAAGAAAAUUUGCUCUUCAAAAUAAUAUUUUCAUUCCUCCUGACUUAGACAUUUCUUUAACAUGAUAUUUAAAAAUUAUGUUUGUUGCAUUAUUAAAAGUAUUUAUGUUAUGCACUUCUAAAAAUUAUAUUGCGAUGAUUUUUUGGGAGGAAUAGUUGUAUUUUAUUUGUGCACUUCACUGUAAAUUAUGCAUUGUUAUAUUAUUAUAAUCAAUUUCUACAUUACUUAAAAUGUGAUGUCACAUUAUCACACUCAUAAAAUCUUAUUUUUUAAUCACCAUUUGAAAUAAAUAUUUUUGUGAUUAAA